AUGGCAAAUAUAGCGGCGAAACGCAUAAAAAGAGAAAUUAUUGAAGUCGUGAAAGGAGAGGAGGGUGUGCUAAAACUAGAAUUAGUAAAUAAUGCCUGGACAGAUCUGCUCGGGGAAAUUGCUGGCCCACCAGACACUCCAUAUGAAGGUGGUUUAUUUAAAUUGGAAAUCAAAAUUCCAGAGACAUACCCAUUUAAUCCACCAAAGGUAAGGUUCAUAACAAAAGUCUGGCAUCCGAAUGUCUCGUCAGUCACUGGUGCUAUCUGCUUAGAUAUUCUUAAAGAUCAAUGGGCGGCCGCCCUCACGUUACGAACGGUGCUACUAUCAAUACAGGCCCUGCUUGCAUCGGCUGAACCAAAUGACCCCCAAGAUGCAGUCGUAGCUAGACAAUAUAUAGAAAACGAGCCGCUCUUUGAGCUAACAGCUAGGCAUUGGACAAAUGUGUAUGCCAAUGGCCCCACAGUGGUCUGGGAAUUCAAUCAAAAGGUGCAAACGCUCUUAGAAAUGGGUGUGGACGAACACAACGCCAGAGUUGCCCUCUCCACAUACAACUGGGACGUUGAAGGUGCCACUGAACAGAUCUUUAGUUAG